CGUGUCGCUUCCGGGUGGCAGCAUAAGACUCAUCCAGCGAGCCGUCGUUAUCUUAACGUUGUAAACAAAAGUUACUAAACGGUUUAGCUUCCUCGACACUUUGAACGAAAAGACAUGCAUAUCAAAACAGGUACAUGGGAAGCCAGCAACACUGUGUGUGAGUCCGAUACCCUGUGUGACCCAGCAGUCCUCGUUUCAGCCGCCAACUCUGAGCCACACAUUCGCAACCGCCGCCUGUCUCCUGGCUCGGGCAACUGUGGAGGUGGUGGGGGUGGAGGCUGCAUCUCUGGAGGUGACCAACAGCCCCGACAGCUUUCACCCGAAGGCGACCUGAUCGGACCCGGUCACACGCACGCCUUCAGCUUCCGCAGGGAAAAAGAACGCAAGCAGCACAAAGGCCGCAGCCUCCGCAGGGAAAGUCAGAAGGGGGUCAGCCGAGUAAGCGAGCGGCCACAAAAGGUAAACCAAAAGGAGAGGUGGGUGGAGGACAGUCUGUCACUGCUCAAACCCCCACCUGCCUUCCCAGUGCAGGACAGCCCCGCCAAGCUGCAGCCCGCCGUCAGCUACGCCUCCAAGGUGAAGGCGGGAGCAGCAAGUGGAGCGCUGGAGGAGGACCGCCCUGCCAUCGGCGUGCUGCUACAGAACCAGUGGGGUCUCAGUUUCAUCAGUGAGGCGAGGCCUGUCACAGAGGGCUCUAGCACCCGCCCCACUGCCAACACCCUCCCCCCUCAGCCCACAGAUGCUGAACAGCCAGCAGACCUACAGCUGGAGGCAGUUCUCACAGUCCAGUCUCCCGAAGAAACGCCUAUUCCAGUCGCUACCUCCGUCACCCCCAUCACACGCCCAGAGGUGGACGAGAGCAACGGGAAGCUGCUGCUUAGUUGUCGCCAUCUAGUGGAGGCUUUGAACUAUCACAGUAGAGAAUGGAAUGCUAUCUGUAACAAACAGAAAAAAGUUCCAAAAAAGGUUGUUUGGUAUAAAGACACCCAGGAGCAUCCAGCCUAGCAGUGUGAGAAGCCCAAAGCAUAUGUAAACACAUACACAACACACACCUACAUGCACAUUAAAACACGUAAAGAUGGACACAUUUUUGAGUCCCGUUCACACACUGCACUCAGGAUGAUGUCUUCACGCAAAGCCACACUGAGACACUUUGGACUAACUCCUUUGAGAUCUUACAGCAAUGGACUUUUUUAACGCCUUACAGAAAGCCUGCCUUAAUUAAUCAGACCUGUUUUCAUUGUCUCUCAUGACCAUUUUUAGCUUGUAUGUGUAGAGCUGGUCUUUCCCCCCCCCAUUUUUUUUUUAAACAAUCUCUGAUGGACUGUAAUUUAACCCCCCCCCCCCCCCCGAAAGCUGCGGUUUUAUCAACCUUUUUGUGUCCUCUGUAAAUUAGGAUCAAUCAUUGCUGACACAGAGAACACAAGCAGAAUGACUCAACAGGCAGCCUGUGGUUCAUUGGCUCACACCGCUGCCUGUUAAGAAGGUGCUUUAAGAGGCCGACGCCUCAGUGGCUCCUGGGCUUGUGGAGCCGGAGGUGAAAGCUGCCAUGUUGACCUUAAGGGUGUACUACGCAGGAUUUUCCUUAAAAGUGUAGACUCAUCCAAAAGUAAUCCCUGUCAGCCACCACUGAAAACUGAAAUGUGUACCACUCUGUUUAUCUGCAGAGACGCUUCCCUCUCUCUGCAUCUUGUGAUUUUGUUGUGUUCAAGACGUUUCCGGGCUGCAAGUUUUGGGCAGUGUGGUCAGGACUUUAUAAAAAAGGUAGGAACCAGGUGCCAGACCACAAGUAGCACCCAUCUGAGAGGAAGCUAAGAAAAUGGCAGAUACAGAGCCAAACACAUGUAGCAUGGAGAAAGCUGUGGCCAAAGCUCAUUCCAAGACGAGAGUGACGCUGGGGUUGGCUUUCACCUGCUGGAGAGCACUGAAGGAGAGGAUGAGGCCUGUUUUCUGUUGCACUGGAAGGUGCCAAGAUAGGGACAAGAUUUUGAUAGCAUUGACCAAUCCUGUUUGAGUGGACUUUGGUUGCAUUCAGGUGAACUGCACAUAUGGACAGCAAAGACUGGACUGUAUUGGCUGAAAUGCAAUCUUAGCACCCAUUGGCUUCCGUCUGAUGACAAUUAAGCUUUUUAUAAAAUGUAUCUGCAUUCAUAUGAGGUUAUCUGUGCUUAUCGGCCUGUAAACAAUGACCGGCUCGCGAAAAAGGAAGUCCUGGCCCUGAUAUUUGAUCGGAUACCCGCUGGCUACCCCAGAACCCCCGCCCGAAACACUGGUCGUGGCCUCCAGAGGCUAAACUGUUGUCGGACGAUUGGUCCCGAGAUGGCAGCAAAUGUUACCUUCCUUCAAUUGUAGCUUGCAGUGUACGUACAAGCAGUGCGCUUAUGGUGCUGUUGAGUCAAAGAGGGGCCAAGUUGAUGUUCUUUACUAACAACAAAUUCCUGCAUAGUAUACCUUUCAGCCUCAGAAGUGCUGUUGCUCUCUGAGUCAUGAGGCCAUUGCUUCAUCGAUGAGGUCAAUCGAGCACUUUGUUAAAAAAAAUCUUGUGUCCAAUCUUUGUGUGCGAGAAACCCUCAUCAGAGUGAUUCAUUUCCCCCCGUCUCCAUUACAAACAGAAGAGUGUCUGUCUUGUUCCUGCUUGAGUUUUAUGGUAAAUGUAUGCAGAGGACUUGUGUAUCUGUGUCUUCAGUUUACAGAGGGGUGUAGUCAAUGGCACAGUAGAGUUCACCCUUUACCCCUGUCAGAUCUUAAUGCUGUGUUCCCUUUUUUUUUUGUUUUAUUCGGUUCCCUAAUCGGUUGAAUGUUACUCAUGAAUCCAUAAGGGAUCUCACCAUGUUCAGUAUGUUGAUUUUUGAAAAGAAAAUUUAUUGAAUAAAAAAAAUUUACACUGGAGAAAGAGGAGGAAUGUAAGUGAACAGUAUUGCUUAAUAAAAAUGAAUAAACUCUACAAGUUC